UUGGAGUUUUACGUAGAAAUUUGCAUUAUUUUGUGAUCCUUCGAACUUUCAAGAUGGAUUUAUAUCUGCUCAUCGGAAUUGCUGUUGCAUUAUUAGUAGUUUUAUUGACACUAUUAUUUCUUUCAAAAGGCAAGACCAAAUCUCAGACGGGUGCAGAGCAGGUGCAAAAUGAACGCGAAGCUAAUGCUCCACGUCGUGCGCAGGUGGUCCGAAACCAGCGUAAUCGUGCUAGGGUAGUAGCGGCAGCACCAGAAGAGCAAGUCGCGGCUGACCAAGACGACGAUGAUGAUGAAAUCCCACACGCAGCUCAGGACUUGGGCGCUGAAAAAAUGGGAGCCAAAAAGCGAGCCAAACUUGAAGCUAAGGCCGAAAAGAAAGCUCAAAGGGAACAGGAGUUAAAAAUGCGAGAAGACCAGAAGAAAAUAGAUGCACUGGCCGAAGAAGAACGUAAGCAACAGGAAGAUAAGGAAGCCGAAGAGGAACGAAAAAAAGAAGAGGUCGAAAGGAAGGCUCGUGAAGAAAGGGAAAGGAAAGAGCACGAAGAGUAUCUCAAAAUGAAGGAAGCAUUUAGCGUAGAAGAAGAAGGAUUCGAUCACGAGGAAGAAGUUGGCAAACAAAACAUGGUGCAGGAGUUUAUUAAUUUUGUAAAAAAUAACAAGGUUGUUGUUCUGGAAGAUUUAGCCGUCCAGUUUAAACUCAAAACUCAGGCGGCCAUCGACAGGAUUGUUGAUCUGCAAAAGGAAGGACGGCUUAGCGGUGUGAUUGAUGACCGAGGGAAAUUUAUCUACAUUUCUGAAGAGGAGCUCAAUGCUGUUGCAAAGUUUAUCAAACAACGCGGCAGAGUUUCGAUUACGGAACUCGCGGAAAAUAGCAGCAGUUUGAUAAACUUGACCCCAGUUGCUGUUGGCUCUGAAUGAGGGAAAGUUUGUUAUUCUUUUGACUAGGUAAAGU